AUGAGAGAGAGUUGGGAUGGUUCUCUGCUGGUGCGGCCUAGGCUGAGGAUGGAUUUGGAGAAGAGGCGGAAGGUGAAGCAGAUGAAGAGCUUGUUGGCCUUGCUACUUGCCGGGACAGACACAUCAGCAGUGACAUUAGAGUGGGCCAUGUCCAAUCUGCUUAACCAUCCUGACGUAUUGAAGAAGGCCAGAGCUGAGUUGGACAGUCAAGUUGGGAAGAAGAAUUUGUUGGAAGAACUAGAUGUGUCUAAAUUACAUUGCCUUCAAAGUAUAAUCUCAGAGACCCUUCGAUUGUACCCGGCAGCCCCACUGCUAUUACCCCACAUGUCCUCCGAUGAUUGCACAGUGGGAGGAUACAAUGUUCCACGUAACACGAUGUUAUUGGUGAAUACAUGGGCUAUACAUAGAGACCCCAAAGUAUGGGAUGACGCAACCAAUUGUAAACCUGAGAGAUUUGAGUGCGGCGAGGCUGAUUUGCACAAGUUGAUGCCAUUUGGGUUGGGGAGGAGGGCAUGUCCUGGGGCAGGACUUGCCCAACGGAUAGUGAGGUUGGCUUUGGGGUCAUUGAUUCAGUGUUUUGAGUGGAAGAGGGUUGGCGAGGAAGAAGUAGACAUGACUGAAGGCAAUGGAGUCACCAUGCCCAAAGCUGUAGCACUGGAGGUCAUGUGUAAGGCACGUCCCAUUAUGAAUAACCUCCUUUCUGAGUGUGUAAAUUCUGUUUGAAUUGACAGUUUUUUUUUUUUUUUUUAAUAGAAAAAAAGGAAAAAAGAAUGUUUUAGAUGUUAUUUAAUAGAAUAAAGAAAAAAAAAAAAAAAAAAAGGUCCUAUAGUUUUUGAGUGGAUAGCGUUGAAAAAUAUUUAGGUGUAUGUUCAUUACUUAGUAAGUUUCAUAUUAAUUAAUAAAGACACUGCCAUAUGUACA